CUAGUCUGGAAACUAUGGUCGGUGCAGUGCGCGCGCGUGCGCUUUCGCGUCCCACGUGUAUGCACGCGGCUCGCGCGACACGAUCACAACAAUAUUGACCUUUGCCCGUCCGCGCGGCCCCUCCAUUUGGCGCGCGCGACGCCUCCCCCGCAGAAGCAGCAGCAGCAGCAACAGCAGCAGUACGUCGCGUUGAACACGACACGCCAGUAAACGCGCGCGCGUGGUGCGUGUAUACUGUGGCAGUGCUGUGUAUUCGUCGGCGCCCGACGUUCGUCAAGCGGUUUCGCGAGAUUCACGCGGUCGCUGUCAUCGUUAUAGUAUUAAUUCGUUAUCGUGCACUAUUGACGUCGUGUCGUCGCGGUAUUCCUAUGAUAAUUAUUCGCAAUCACCGCGGCCGCGUCACCGGAUCGUUUUAUUUCGUUAUCGGCCGAACGCCGCAUCGCGAGUGACACGGCCGUAUUAAAGUCGCUCGACACGUAUACCUCGCACACGUACGGGACACGCAGCGGCUGGCGUACACGGGUCCUCUUCCACUUACUCUCUGCUUCGGAACAGGCCAGCAUCGGGUAAACGUCAAAUAGAAAUAUCUGCGAUGAGAGUGGGCCGAAGAUAUUUUGAACUCAUGGUUUCUGUGAUCAAUCCAUCGUCGGACCUAUACCAUCAUCACAGUCCUUUAGCACCUUUAGCGUCAUUCGACUCAUCUGUUUCUGGGAUCGAAUCGUCCAGCACACAGUCGGAAAAAAAUUGUCCGUUCAAAGACUUUAUAUUAAACGAUAAAUGGAGACGUAUAUUUGAUAAGUACGAUCCUGAAGGUUUUGGUGAAAUUCCGUGGAACGAUUUCUUGAUGUUAUUGAAUUCAUCGGAUUUCGUAAAAUCUAUAUCUCAGGAGAAACGUGAUAUCCUGCUCGAACGAGCUCGCCAAUCAAACACGUCGGCUAUAACUUUUCAAGAUUUCGUCAAUAUCAUGUCCGGCAAAAGGAGGCGGAGUUUUAAAUGUGCCAUUCAUCACAGGGACAAAGAAGUUAACAGCGAAAACGAUUUUCAUAUUAUAUUUCAAGAACCAACGUUACGUCAAAAAAUGGUACGUCUUGUGGCAGAGGAGUUCUUGACGGACGAAAGAGAUAGGAAAUAUUAUGCGGACAAUUAUCGCUGUUGCCCACCUCCACUCUUUAUACUACUCAUUACAAUUUUUGAGUUGGGAACAUAUCUAUAUUACUACUCUCUAACUUUGGGUUCUACACCUGCUCCCGGUGACAUAUGGGCAUCAGUCGCCGCUCCUGUGCCAAUGGACAGCGUGUUCAUAUAUAGACCUGACAAACGACAACAAUUAUGGAGAUUUAUGUUGUACAUGUUCUUACAUGUUGGUUGGGUCCAUCUAAUAUUCAAUUUGACCGUUCAAUUGCUUGUGGGUCUUCCAUUAGAAAUGGUGCAUGGUUCGCUCCGAAUAGGGGUUGUAUACAUGGCUGGUGUGUUAGCAGGUUCCUUGGGUACAUCAGUUUUUGACAGUAACGUGUAUCUCGUUGGUGCGUCAGGUGGAGUAUACGCUCUACUGGCUGCUCAUUUAGCUAACGUUAUGUUGAAUUAUAACAACAUGGAAUUCGGCGUGUUUCGGUUGCUUGGCAUACUAUUCAUCGCCAGCGUGGACGUCGGCUUCGCCGUGUAUUGCCGUUACGCCUUUGAACCGUCGUCGAACGCUCCGCCCGUGAGCUACGUCGCCCACAUAGCCGGCGCGCUGGCCGGUCUCACCAUCGGUUUGCUGGUGUUGAAAAACUUCGAGCAAAAGCUCCACGAGCAACUCAUAUGGUGGUUUGCGCUCGGUGUGUACGCCAUUUGUACACUGUUCGCUGUCGCUUACAACCUGAGCCAUCCCUGUUGAGGAGACCGAUCUACACACGACCUACUUAUAUAUGCAUAAAUAUUAUGUGUGUGUGUGUGUGGCGAAGGAAACGGUGAAGCAGUCCGAAGUUAUGGCCGAGAAACGCAUAUUAUUUAAGCUGGGCGCCGUCUCGUCGCCGAUCUAUAUAUGAUGCAUAUUAUUAUUUUAUUCUUCCGCAUGUAAAAAUCUAUUCGUACUGUCCAAUUUUGUUCGUUUUUUUUCAUUAUUAUUAUUAUUAUUAUUAUUAUUUGUUUUCCUCACCUCGUUUGUA